GCUCGUUUCGUCAGUUGAACGGAAGGGGCCGCAGUGAAGUCAUGUGCGUGCGAGUGUUCGCGCGAUGCAUGCAAUACUCCGAUCGUAACGCGAUACAAUGACAAUCAAGUUUUAAAUGGAAAAAAAAGUAUAUUUAUAACAAAAACUGUGUCUUAUAUCGUGCCAAUAAUCGCCACUAGUGUUCAAUAAUUGGUUCGCAUAAGAUUGUUGUUGGAAUUUUGGAUUUUGAAGUGUCGAUAAGGAUUGCGAAGAUGGCAUCUUUCAUUUCCGCUUCCGAUACUCAACCUGAAGUCAAAGAUCGAAUUUUAGAACGUGAUGCUGGAUUCGUAUCGGGCGGAGAAGACGAUGACUCGUGUUCAGGUCCAGCGCAUUCCGACGACUCGGGAGUAAGACUAGUCGAGAAUGACUCUAGACUCAAGAGAGAAAGAACUCCCACCCGCAACCAGCCCCCAAAGAAACGGAUUCGUUUGAAUUCUCGAGAAGAUCUGCAAAGCCCCGAAAGCGAAUCACCAGCCAGUCCUUUCAGACCGUGGUCUUUUAUCGAGGAACCUCAAAGAGAACCUCUGUCCUUGGUGAAGAAGACAAGUGAGACCAGUUUGUUAAGGCAAAGGAGAAGGCCUGUAGAACCACCUCCGGUAAUCCCACCGCCUCCUGUGCCAGAAACAAGGCCUGGACCACCAAGAGUGCCCCCUCAUCCUGGAGUAGUAGAAUCUUACCCCGAAAAACCUAAACCUAGAGAGCAAAGAAAUUACAAGAACAUGACAAGGGAAAGGCGGAUAGAAGCUAAUGCUAGGGAAAGGACCAGAGUUCACACAAUAAGCGCAGCAUUCGAUACUCUAAGAAGAUCUGUCCCCGCGUAUAGCCACAACCAGAAGCUAUCAAAACUAUCUGUUUUACGGAUAGCCUGCGCAUACAUCGCAGCUUUAUCAGCAGCGAUAGAUCCAGAAGCGGAUUUGUCAACAGCAGUGGAAACUGUCACGCAGACAAUACACACAGAAGGAAAAUUAAGAAAAAAGAAAGACGACCCUUGAAUAGGGCUGACGUUAGACGGUUUAACGUUAUAUAUUUGCUCCUUGCAUUUGACUUCGUUUCGAUCUGAUGGCAGAAGAAGGGAAGUUCAUUAGAAUCAUGCUGUUAGUCUCAUCAUGAAAGGCAAUAUCAUUUAAAAUUAAGGGCAUAGAUUUGAUAGCAGAUUACGUGGAUUCUAUUAUGCCCAUUUCGUACAAUGUUGAAUCCAAUUACCAUAUGAAGAAUUAGAGUUGUCUAUGAUCUUUCCAAAAUCACCCCAGUGUUAAUAAGAAUGCAAUAAAGUCUAGUGCGUCGCUAAUAUUACGAUCAACGUAGACUGAUGCACUAUUUCAUAGAUUGUAGAUUUUAACUUUACCUGUCAUGGUAGACGCCACGUUGUUGGUACUAGAUCAUAUACUUCUAGAUGGAGUGCCAAAUGUGAAAAGCUCAAUAAACGGUCAUUCAGUUAUAGCAAAUACCUAGUUUUUUAAAUAAAAGAAAUGUAUUUCUGGUGCUGCAAGUAAUAAUUGUAACAUUCUGGUAUUCUUAUAAUCACACACUGACAAAUGUAUUAGUGUAGUAGUAUAUACCUACGUGUAGUGCAUGAUACAAAUUCGCUCAUAUAAGAAUACGAGUAAUGAAUUUGAGCUGUUUUUGGCGAAUUGUAUGUUGAGAAACUCUAUCUAGAUGUUAUUAAUCUAAGUGUUGAUAUUAUACCGUCCCAUGAUGACGCCCUUGACUGUGGUAGUACAAAAGUGACAAUAAAUAUUGGAUAAAUCUCGAAAUUUUUAACUAUUUAUAAAUGUUUAUGGAAUUGCUAUAAAAUUUUACCGCUUAUUAGCUAACACAAAGCACAGACACAGUUUAAAAAUAUGUGCAUGAAAACAUAGCACUAUUAAAUUCAUUGGGGUAUCUAAUGAAAAUCAGUUCCUUUUUACUUUCUGACUGAUAACAGUACAAAAGAUGUUCCUUAAUGUAUUUAACAGAUCUCGAUCGGCGGUUAUUAAAAGACGAAUGUGAAUAUUUGAUAAUGUUAGAAGAAAUAUUUUGCAUGUUUGACCAAUAAACUUAACGUACUUAAUAAUUGUUCUUAUGAAUUUUCUGUAUUAUUAAAUUUGUUUUGGAUUCCAAGAUUAAAACUACAAAAAUUAAUAUCUCCCAAUGAUUUUUAUGCAGAUUUUGUGGGUUCCAAGACAGAAAUAUCUUUUUCUUUGUACGGGGUUUUCACUACGCGAUGUCAUGUUGCCGUUAAUCUUUGUAAAAUCGCUAUGGGAUUAUUUUCAAUCGACUUCAAAGAGUUCUCGAUUCAGUUGUUCUUUUUUUAUGUCUGUUACCUCAUAACUGCGUUAGUUAUAAACCGCUUUGGAAAAUUCCUUUGUAUUUGACAGCGUAUAGGUACUUACAGAUUGAUUCCACAGAAAUUUAUAAAAAUUGAUUCACUAGUUUAAUUUUGGAAUCAAAAUAGCUGGUUUUAACACAGUUGAAGUCGUUAUUUUUGUGGAAAACAAUUUUAAAUUAUUAUCAAUUUUAGGUAGGUAACUUGAAAUAUUACGUGCAAGACUAUCUAGCUAGAUGAAGAUAAUUUUUAUCGAUUACAAAAAGAGAUCCUUCAUUUGACUAAAUCUUUGUUUGUUGAAUACACGAUUUUCUUUUUAAAUCAAAAGUACCUGUAGUCCCAUACAAAUUUAUGUCAAUAUUACUAGAUUAAUAUUUCUUUUUAUGAAACAAAAUGUUUAAAAUAUUAUUUCUGACGUAACUCGUUCGAAUACCAGUGAUAUGAAAUUUCAAUAUGUAAGCUUUAAUUAAACCCUACAAUUGAUUCAAGCAGAGUAACAUUAUGCAAAAUAUAAUAGCGUUUCAAAGAUACAGAACUUCGUAAUUCACACCCAAUUUAAGGGUUAGCCGGAAAUUGCUUGCAUACAAAAUAAUUGUUGAAAAACAAAGAAUUUAUAAACGAUUUGUAUUUCGAUAUUUUUUCGUCGCGACAGAUAUUUUACAUCACUAUUAUACAUAGCAAUAUCUUAACUCAACAAUGUUAACCAUUCCUCAGUCCAGUAUUAAAUGAAAAAAAAAAAAAAGAAAAUAACUGUUCGUAAUGACAAAUCUAAAGUGUAUUUUUGGCUUUAAUAAUAAUAUUUAUUAAAAUCGAGUCAGUAAUUUUAAGAGAGAUGUAUAUAAUUAUGUGCGUAGAUAAGUCGACGUAGUUUUGUAUAUAUCUAAUACCUAUGUAGUUUGUAAGUACCAUGUGUAAAUAAGAUUGUUGUACUAUUUCUGAUACGUUUAAAAUGAAAAUGUUCAAUUGUUAAAAUAAAAUAUUGAAAAUUACACGUAAAGUAAUUGGAUUAAGCACUAUUCACACAGUUCUUGGCUUGGUUUAUGUCAGAACUCUUCAGAGACGAGAAUUGUGUUGCUAAUAAUUUUUUUUAUAAAGCUGUUCACAUAGGUACUAUUUAGGAUGAAACUAAGUGCUCAGGUUUAUACUGGUUGCCGUUACAGAUGUGGUGAGUGCGAAAGCGAACCCAUGUCUCCGACAUAUGGCAUCUUGAGGGUAUAUCGUCUGGUUUUUGGUGGGUACACCCCCACCUUACGGGGGGAUUCCCACAGUACCCAUUCACCUUCUACAAGGUGAAUGGGUCUGCAUAAAGCAUUUUCCAAACGAUAAAAGAAAAAAAGGUUUAUACUGGUUGGGUUCUAAUCCUUAUCACCUAUGUGAACAUCUGUCCUUAUGAGUAUUAAGUCAGGUCAGUAAGCCCGUCAUGAAGAAUUUACCAGGGAUUAACCAAGAUUGUUUCGACCUGGUAUAUAUAUAUAUAUAUAUAUAUAUAUAUACACUAUAUAUAGAAUGGUAUAUAUAAUAUAAACUAUUGCUGGCAAUGGGUUUGCUAGUCCCCUCCAAUUUAUCCAAUAAUUUUGCCACCUCCUCUUCACUCCUUUUUUAAUGAAUAUGAACACGCAUAGGUCGUCUUCGACCCGACAAUGACCUUGGGCACUUCGAGGUUAGAUAUCUUCUGACUCGGAACGGUGUGAAUACGGUUUAUUCAGUAACAUUUUCAUACAUACUUAAUUUAAUGGAUUCGGUUGUUUUACGAAGAAAAAAAUCACACAGAUUAAUGUCAAUAUUUGCAUGAUUUCGACCGACUUCUAAAAGAAAUAAAUUCUCAAAUCGGUUGUAUUAUUAUUUAUGUUUGUUACCUCAUAACUCCGUCACUUAUAUACCAAUUUCGAAAAUUCUUUUUUUUUUUAUUUAAAAGCAUAUGCUUACAGAUCAGUCCUUUAAAAAAUUUGCCACAGUUGGUUCAUUGCUUUGCUUUUUAAAUUAAAAUAACAAGUUUUGCUACAUUUGAAGUCGGUUUUUUUGGGAAACACAGUUUAAUUUAUCGACCGUUUAUUUCACAAUAGUGAAAUUAAUAUUGUUAAGUGAGCCUUAAACAUGCAUUGUGAUAACUCAUGUAAAUAUUGUAGUGUAAUUAGUAUUAUAAACACAUUGAUAAAGAGUGAUUAUGUAUGAUAAAUCAUUGUAUGAAGGCACCUACCUAUAUAGACAAUACGACUAUUGUCAGACUGUUUUGCAUUAUUUCGUUCGUAAAUUCAUAUACCCUGUCAAAUAUACUGUGAGCUUUGUUCAUUAAAAUAUGUAUCGAAAUAAUAAUAUUGAAUAAAUAUAUCCAGCAAUUAUAUAAUUAGAUUAAUCAAAUGACUUUAUGAAAUAUGAACGAACAUUGAGUGAAAUGUAUAGAACAUUUGCAAGUGAAUACAGGUCAGUGAAAAUUAUAAAAGAGAAAAUAAAUGAUGAAUAUUAAAGAAUUA